AUGGCCGACGACCCCCUCCUCAGCGACCUGUGCGGCGUCUGCAACCGCAACCCCCCAAAAUACCGCUGCCCCCGAGACUCCGUGCGCACAUGCUCCCUUCCGUGCUACAAACGCCACCAGCAGUGGGCCCAGUGCAAUGGGAAGAGAGACGCCGCCUCCUUCGUCAAGCGUAGCGAUCUUGCGACCCCCCGCGGCAUCGAUCACGACUACAACUUCCUGACGAGCAUUGAGCGCGGACUGCAGCGUGCCGACGACGACGCCGAGGCGCGCGGCCAUGAGAAUAAGAAGUACGAGCAAAAUCAGGCCAAGCUGCAGCGCUACCUGCAGAGCAACCGCAUUAUUGUGGACCGAGCGCCCAUUGGCAUGACCAGACAGAAGACGAACCGCACGCGGAUGACCAAAGGUGGACAUGUUCGCUGGUGCGUCGAGUGGCUGCAGGAAGACGAUUGCCGGGAUCUGCAGGAAGCCGACGCUGACCAGUCGUUAACCGACCUGUAUGCCAUGCACUUGACCGAGCGAUCCCGCAAGAGGAAGCGCACGGAACAACACAGCGACGGCCUCCAGAAUCCUCCGAAACAAAAGAAAGAGGAGAGUGUCUCGAUCCAGGCAGUUAAAAGCCACCAAACUUCCGUUUUGGGACAGCCUGCCUCUGAGCCUGCUUCUGACGAUACACAAGCAGUGCCAACCGAUGUCAGCGCCUCGGCCGAGCAGUCGAAGCAAGAUUCCCACUCGGCUCAACCAGCGCCAGAGGUGUCCACAGCAGCAGACAAUAAGCACAAUGACCAAAACCCGCAGGCUCACACACCACUCUUCUCCUUCUAUCUCCUCAAACCGCAUACACCCUCCUCUCUGCCCCGCGUCUUGAUUCCCCUUGAUCCGAGCUCCACUCUCACAGAGGCGCUUUCCACACAGGUAGUUCUCGAGUAUCCCACCAUCAAGGUGGUACCGCGCCAAGCCGCCGAUGCCGCGCUCCCCGAAGGUUUCAUGCUCGAAGAAGAUUACAUUCGGCAGACCAAGCAGGAUGUGCAAGAGCUUGAAGAGCUUAUCGGGCCGGACGGGCAAGUGAUGACAGCUGCAAAGGUCCGAAGGGACAAUGAACCUGGCAUUGGAAGCAGUGGUGCCGGAGACGACGGGCCAGUCGAUGACCAAAAGCUGCUCGAAGUCCUGACGAGGGACCUGAACGCGCGUAAGUGA